GUUACUGACAAACCAAGAAACCCAAUCAACCAAAUCAACAUGAAGUUCCUCGUCUGCUUGGCUCUCUGCAUUGCCGCCGCCCAGGCUGGUUAUAUCGCUUCUCCAGUGGCCACUUAUGACGCCACUUACUCCGCAGCAGCUCCUUUGGCCUACACCGCACCUGUGGCCACCUAUGCCGCUCCUGCCUACUCCACCUAUGCCGCCGCCGCUCCUGCCUACACCGCCUACAGUGCUCCAGCUUAUACCGCUCCGGUGACCACCUAUGCCGCCAGUCCCGCCUUCGCCGCCCCCAUCACCACCUACGCUGCUCCGGCUGUGGUCAGCUCCUUCCUGAAGAAGAAGUAAACGAGUCUCGCCUGCUGUACUUAUUGACCUAAUAAAACGAUUAAAUAGAGAACAAUAAAAAGACAUUCAAAUCAAA